UACCGGGAGGCGCCGCCAUGGGGCUCCGUAAGAAGAGCGCCAAGAACCCCCCGGUGCUGAGCCAGGAGUUCAUCCUGCAGAACCACGCGGACAUCGUAUCCUGCGUGGGGAUGUUCUUCGUGCUGGGGCUGAUGUUCGAGGGGACAGCAGAGGCGUCCAUCGUCUUCCUGACGCUCCAGCACAGCGUCGUGGUCCCUGCUGCAGAAGAUCAAGCGCCCCUGGGAUCCAAGUCCCUUUACCAUUAUGGGGUCAAAGAUUUGGCCACCGUGUUCUUCUACAUGCUGGUGACCAUCAUCCUGCACGCCACCAUUCAGGAGUAUGUGCUGGAUAAAAUCAACAAGCGGAUGCAGUUCACCAAGGCCAAGCAGACCAAGUUCAACGAAUCCGGCCAGUUUGGUUUAUUCUACGUCGUGUCUUGUAUCUGGGGCACGGUCAUUCUCAUCUCGGAAAACUGCCUGUCGGACCCCACCCUCCUGUGGAAGGCGCACCCCCACAACAUGAUGACGUUUCAGAUGAAGUUUUUCUACAUCUCGCAGCUGGCUUACUGGUUCCACGCGUUUCCGGAACUCUACUUCCAGAAGACCAAAAAGCAAGACAUCCCUCGGCACCUGGUCUACAUCGGCCUCCACCUCUUCCACAUCGCAGGUGCCUACCUUCUGUACCUGAACCAUCUGGGACUCCUCCUCCUGGUGCUGCAUUAUUUCGUGGAAUUACUUUCCCACAUGUGCGGCCUGUUUUAUUUCAGUGAUGAGAAGUACCAGAAAGGGCUUUCUUUGUGGACCAUUGUGUUUAUUUUCGGUAGACUCAUGACUUUAAUCGUCUCAGUCCUCACGGUUGGGUUUCACCUGGCCGGGUCUCAGCGUCGGAACCCCGAUGCCGUCACUGGGAAUGUGAGUGUACUGGCCGCCAAAAUCGCCGUGCUGUCGUCCAGUUGUUCCAUCCAAGCCUACAUCACAUGGAACUUAAUCAUCUCGCGGCUCCACAGGUGGAUAGAAGAUGCUAAUUUAAGGGCCUCAAGUGCCAAGAAGAAACGGUCCAAGUCUUCUAAAAAAGGAACAGAAAAUGGAGUGCAGACUUCCAAUAGAAUAGACUCUGCUCCAAGGAGGAAAGAGAAAUCUUCAUGAUGAAUUGCAGACAGGUUAAGACCUCCAAAGGAAGCUGCUCUUUACUAUGAGAUAACGCACUAGAGAUUUUCUGUUCUGGAAUUAGGUUGUGCUUUUUUGGUUUUUACUACUGUACCGUAUAAUGUAUUUUUUUAAAAAGCCAUUCCAGGGAAAGAUGAUCAAAGUGGAAAAACAUUUUGGUUAAGAUUGAGCUGCUCGUCCUCAAAAAAGUGUCAAACUGUUUAGA